UAUUAACAAAUUGAACUGGUUGCCGCACCACCAUACCAUCUGCCACUAGCAAUGUCGCCGUGUAGCAGACAACCCUGUCUCAGGAGCUUGCUUCUACUUCUCUUGCUACUUUGCUCAACAGAUGCAGCUCUCUAUGGCACAAUCGUCAAGAGUCUUCCUGGAUUCGACGGCAAACUUCCUUUCAAACUUGAAACUGGGUAUGUGACUGUUGGGUAUUCUGAGCUGUUUUACUACUUCAUGGAAUCGGAAGGGAACCCCAAGGAGGACCCUGUUUUGCUUUGGUACGGUGUGGUCCUGGUUGUUCUGCUCUCAAUGGUCUUCUUUAUGAAAUUGACUGCUAGCAUAUUAUUUGUGGAUGCACCUGUAGGAACUGGUUUUUCCUAUGCAACAAGUACAAAUGCUUAUCCUAGAACGGACACAAACUCUGCAGCACAGACAUAUGAGUUCCUAAAGCAGUGGCUGGCUGAACACCCCCAAUUUCUCAAAGUUCAACCUUUCAUUGGGGCUGAUUCUUUUUCUGGCAUAUACGCCGCAAUUGUGGUCCAACAUAUAUUAGAUGGUAAUGAUAAUGGAACGAGCUUGAAUCUCAAGGGAUACAUUCUGGGGUGCCCAAGAACAGAUGUACAAAUCAAUGAGAACGCAAAGAUAGUUUUUGCUCACAGACUCGGACUUGUAUCUGAUGAACUCUACACGGCAGCCCAAGAAACAUGUGGGGGAAAUUACUAUGACGUAACCUCAUCUGAUGCAGCAUGUUACGAGAAUCUGAAAUUGAUCAAGAAGUGUGUUAAAGAUAUAAACAAAAAUGACAUUCUGGAGCCUAAGUGCAGUUGGGCAUCACCUGAACCAGUCGGAGAUUUAGCUCGAAGAUCACUUGAGGAAGACACAAAUGAUUUCAUUCUUUCACCUCCAAGAAUUCCAGACUUUUGGUGUUUAACUUCAACUAUGCCCUCUCUUAGUUGUGGGCAAAUGAUAAACAUGUGCAAGCUGCACUAAAUGUCCGAGCGGGCACAGUAAAGGAUUGGAAGAGAUGCAACAAGUCCUUAGAUUACACAAUUGAUGUCACCAGUGUCGUUGAUUAUCAUCGCAAUCUCAGUAAAAGUGGAUUACAAGCUCUCAUAUACAAGUAAUUACUUGCACACGCGGUGAUCAUGAUUUUACAAUUCCAAGUAUUGGAACAACCCAAUGGAUAAAGAAGCUGAAUCUAACAAUGGUCGAUGAUUGGCGACCGUGGCUCCUUGAUGGUCAGAUUGCAGGAUACACAAUUAAGUACUCUGAAAAUGGAUAUGGCUUGACAUAUGCAUCUGUGAAGGC